UUAGAGUUGAGAAAUUAGAUUAAAAAAAGGAUUAGAUUAGUGAUGAAGUAAGAGUUUUUGCUCUCUCUCAAACGGCUCGCUUUGAUUACUCACGUAAGCCGGAAAGAAUUUGGAACCGGCUCUGUAAUUUAUCCAUGGGUCGGAAGGAGCCGAGUUCUCGAGGUGGAGAUGAUGAGCAACCACUUGCGUCAUCUCUCGUUGGUUCUAAAUCUGAUAAGAAAUCUGUUCAAAUUGAUGAUGAUGAAUACUCAAUAUGUCUUGAGGAGCCUAAAGUUGAGGAAAACAAGGUUGUUAUCACUGGGAAGAAGAAGGGUAAGAAAAGGAAUAAGAAGGGUACGCAGCAGCAGCAGGAUGACGACGAUGAUUUUGCUGAUAAGUUUGCGGUGGAGGAAGAGGUUGUUCCGGAUAAUGCUUUUGUAGGGAAUAAUAAGAAGUCGAAAGGUAAAAAAGACGGUGGCUCUGUUAGCUUUGCCCUGCUUGCUGAUGAAGAUAACAGGGAGGAAGCAGAGGAUAAUGAUAUCACGUUUUCAGGUAGGAAAAAAUCAUCUAAAAAGAAGAGCAGCAGUGUCUUGGCCUCAAUAGGUGAUGAAGAAAGUAGUCAAUCUAAAACUUCUGAUUCUAAGAGUGUGGAGCUUGUAGAAUCGGCAAGGAGUAAGAAACAUAAGAAGAAGAACAAGAGUGGAAGGACACUUCAGGAAGAUGAUGAUUUGGACAAGCUUCUGGCAGAACUUGGAGAAACUCCUGCUGCUGGAAAGCCUGCUUCCGAAGAAGAGAAAGAUCAAGCUCAGCCUGAGCCAGUUGCACCUGUAGAGAAUACCGGUGAGAAGGAGAAGAGGAGACUGUUGAGACUGCUGCAGCCAAGAAAAAGAAAAAGAAGAAGGAGAAAGAAAAGGAAAAAAAAGCAGCUGCUGCUGCUGCGGCAACCUCUUCUGUAGAGGCUAAGGAGGAAAAACAAGAAGAAUCAGUAACUGAGCCGCUACAGCCGAGGAAGAAGGAUGCAAAGGGUAAAGCAGCAGAGAAGAAAAUUCCUAAACAUGUUAGAGAGAUUCAAGAGGCUCUUGCACGUCGGCAAGAAGCCAAAGAGCGAAAAAAGAAGGAAGAAGAAGAAAAAUUGAGGAAGGAGGAAGAGGAGCGCCGCAGGCAGGAAGAGCUUGAUGCUCAAGCUGAGGAGGCUAAGCGUAAAAGAAAGGAAAAGGAAAAGGAGAAACUGUUGAGGAAGAAGCUAGAGGGCAAGCUUCUAACUGCAAAGCAAAAGAGUGAAGCUCAAAAGAGGGAGGCUUUUAAGAACCAGCUGCUUGCUGCUGGUGGAGGUCUUCCUGUUGCAGACGAUGAUGAUGAUGCUACUUCCUCAAAGCGCCCCAUUUAUGCCAACAAGAAAAAAUCAUCUCGCCAGAAAGGCAAUGACACUUCUGUCCAGGUGGAAGGUGAGGUAGAGCCAAAAGAAAACCAUGCUUUAGGUGAAGUUGGUUCAGCAGACACUGAAAAGGUUGAUUUACUAGAGUCAGCAAACUUAGGCGAGAAAUCAGGAGGACCUGCUGAUGUAGCUCAGGAGAAUGGGGUUGAGGAAGAUGAUGAAUGGGAUGCAAAAAGCUGGGAUAAUGUUGAUCUUAAAAUCAGAGGUGAUUUUGACGAUAAAGAGGAAGAAGCUCAGCAUGUGGUUAAGAAAGAAUUUAAGGCACAUUAUUCAGACCAUGAAACUGAAAAGCCAACAGCUAAACCAGCAGGUAUGAGCAAGCUAGAAACAGCUGCGGUGAAAGCUAUUUCUGAAGUAGAAGAUGCUGCUACACAGACAAAACGUGCUAAGAAGGGUAAAUGCUUAGCUCCAAAUGAAUUUAUAGAAGAAGGUGGAGAAAAACUCCGUUCUAUCAUUUGCUGUAUCAUGGGUCAUGUCGAUAGUGGUAAAACAAAGCUGUUGGAUUGUAUCAGAGGAACAAAUGUACAGGAAGGUGAGGCUGGAGGUAUAACUCAGCAGAUUGGUGCAACAUAUUUCCCUGCCAAAAACAUCCGAGAGAGGACCAGGGAACUGAAAGCCGAUGCAAAACUUAAGGUGCCUGGUCUAUUGGUUAUCGAUACACCUGGCCAUGAGUCCUUCACUAAUCUGCGGUCAAGAGGUUCAAGUUUGUGUGACCUUGCCAUUUUGGUGGUUGACAUAACGCAUGGUUUACAGCCGCAAACCAUAGAGUCUCUAAAUCUUUUGAGGAUGAGGAAUACAGAGUUCAUUAUUGCAUUGAAUAAGGUGGAUAGGCUAUAUGGAUGGAAAACAUGCAAGAAUGCUCCUAUCGUGAAGGCAAUGAAGCAGCAAAAUAAAGAUGUUAUAAAUGAAUUUAACUUGAGGCUGAAAAAAAUUAUAAACGAGUUCCAGGAGCAAGGACUCAACACUGAGCUUUAUUACAAGAAUAAAGACAUGGGAGAAACUUUCAGUAUUGUUCCUACUAGUGCUAUUAGUGGAGAAGGGGUCCCAGAUCUCUUGCUGUGGUUGGUUCAAUGGGCUCAGAAAACAAUGGUUGAGAAACUUACAUAUGUUGACGAAGUGCAGUGUACUGUACUUGAGGUCAAAGUUAUUGAAGGCCAUGGUACAACGAUUGAUGUUGUGUUGGUAAACGGUGAACUCCAUGAAGGUGAUCAAAUCGUCGUUUGUGGGCUACAGGGACCUAUUGUCACAACGAUUAGAGCAUUACUGACUCCUCAUCCAAUGAAGGAGUUAAGGGUGAAGGGUACUUAUCUGCAUCACAAAGAAAUAAAGGCUGCACAAGGCAUCAAAAUUACUGCCCAGGGCCUUGAACACGCAAUUGCUGGUACUUCCCUGCAUGUGGUUGGACCUGAUGAUGACAUCGAGGCAAUGAAGGAGUCGGCUAUGGAAGAUAUGGAAUCGGUUUUGAGCAGGAUUGACAAAAGUGGUGAAGGAGUUUAUGUACAAACGUCUACAUUAGGGUCAUUAGAAGCAUUGCUUGAAUUCUUGAAGACCCCAGCUGUAAAUAUACCUGUCAGUGGUAUUGGGAUAGGGCCUGUGCAUAAGAAGGAUAUAAUGAAGGCUGGAGUGAUGCUCGAGAAGAAAAAGGAAUAUGCUACAAUUUUGGCUUUUGAUGUGAAAGUGACUACAGAGGCUCGUGAACUUGCAGACGAAAUGGGAGUAAAAAUCUUCUGCGCUGAUAUCAUCUAUCAGUUAUUCAAUCAGUUUCAGGUUUACAUUGAGAAUAUCAAAGAGGAGAAAAAGAAGGAAUCAGCCGGUGAGGCAGUCUUCCCAUGUGUCCUUCAGAUUUUACCUAACUGUGUGUUCAAUAAGAGAGACCCAAUAAUCCUUGGAGUUAAGGUCCACGACGGUAUACUUAAGAUCGGAACCCCCAUUUGCGUCCCGGGCAGAGAGUUCACAGAUAUUGGCCGCAUUGCCUCUAUUGAGAACAACCACAAGCCUGUUGACUAUGCAGAGAAGGGCGACGAGGUGGCGAUUAAGAUUGUUGCUUCAAAUCGCGAAGAACAGAAGAUGUUUGGAAGGCAUUUUGACAUGGAAGAUGAGCUUGUGAGUCACAUUUCGAGGAGAUCUAUCGACAUACUCAAAGCUGACUACAUGAAAGAAAUGUCGACAGAGAAAUGGAAGCUCCUAUUGAAACUGAAGAGAAUCUUCAAGAUUCCCUGAACAGUCAAAUGUCUACUCUAGAGCUUAAAACACUCGCGGGCCUUGUUGUUACGUCGUGUCUGCUGCAUAACGAAGCGAUUUAUCUUCCUGAUUCGUUUUUUUAAUAACUAUAUUAGGCUGAAAUUUGUAACCCUGUUAAUUAAUUUAGCCAAUAUCAAGAAAACUCUUAAUAGGUAAUACUGAAAUUAUAUAAUCUUAUUGAAAUUCUAAAUUCUCAUAUAAA